AUGCCGCUACUCGGUCGAGAAAAAGGCCGCAGCCCAAGAUCCCGAAGAUCGGAAGAUGAAUUCGUCGUGUUCCUCCAGGGAAUCCCAGCCCAUUGCCGCUGGCAAGAGUUGAAGGAUUUGGUGCGCCAGACAGCUCUGCAUAUUCGGCAAGCUGUGGUCUAUGAUGACAGCAAUGGCUUUCCGACAGGUCUAGGCCAGAUCAUUGUGAAGAAUGAGGAUGAAGCUUGGAGGACCUAUCAUCGGCUAUCAACCAAUGGAUGGGAAGGCCAGAGCUUGGUUGUGACAUUGGCACGCACCAGCGCUCCGACUAAGCCUAUUGCUGGACCUACUAGAAGUCCACCCGCAGUGAUUCAAGGCUACGUGUCGGGUCAUUCCACGCCACCACAGUCUCAAGGAAAUAUGAGCAUGCCCCCUUCACCUAUCUCAUCCGAAUCUGUCCACUGCGCUAGCCCAACCCACCCAUACCCCGAAUUCGCAGCAAUGGUGGGCCCAAUGGCGAUGCCCCCACAGCCCUACAUGAUGCCAGAGCGAAUGCAAUGCGUCCCGCCAUCUCCCAUGAUGCACUGCUCAAUGUACGAUGCCCCCGGCUGGAACAUGAUGCCCAUAUACCCAAUCUCGCCCAUUCAAAACCUCCACGACCACGUAGGAGACCACUAUCCCCCCCGCUUCCACCCGCGCAAGGCCUGGGCAAACCACUCUCCCACUUCCAGCUCUUCUGUUCCCGAUCUCGCCCAGCGAGCAGUCUACAUCGCAAAUCUGCAUCCGGCAAGCACUACUGCAGACCUGACAACUCUACUCCAAAGUUCUGGGGCCGUGGAACAGUGCAACGUCACGGUAACCGCUGAAACCCAUGAUACUUGUGCACGUGCCCACGCUUCCGCCAUCAUGCACAGCGUGGACGCAGCAAAGCGAGCUAUGAACAUGUUCAAUGGCAUGACAUUCAUGGGCUCCCGGAUUCGCGUCAAAUUGGAUCUUUCCCCCGAUAUGACACGAAGUGGGAGCUGGGAUGGCACGGUGGGUCUGGACGAUGCCGAUCUGACAGAGCAGACACCCAGCGAGAAGAGUUCUGAGUGCUUGGGCGGCGGCCAUAAUGUUCCAUUCCGGGAAUCAAAGCAGGUGGACCCGCACAAGCCGUUUGUGGUUGAUGGUAGUGGGCUGCAGAAGAAGUCAUUAGAGUUGUUGUCGACGUCUGCGCCAACCUAG